GAGAAAAAACAAAUUUUGUGUCGCCAUUAAUUUUAGGAGAAUCAAAACCUGGGUUUUUCUUUUUGUACUUCUUUUUCUUUCCUUUGUCUCCUUAAUUUUAUUAACCUCUUGUAGGUAGUGCUCCCUCGACAAUCCCUCCAGAUGUUAAAACAAUCCCUCCAGAUGUCAUAAACUUUCUCUGUUUUUGUGCAAGUAAAGCAUUAAUAAUUCUACUGAACUAAUUUUUGACACAUUUUUAGUGUUUUUCAAUGAGGAAAUAGUUCCUUUAAAUCUUUCAGGGAUUAUUACAAAAAAAUUUUUGAACCAAUCUAAAAUUAGGAAAUUCAAAGUCAAGUAAUCUUACUUUGUUGGCAAUAAUGAGUAAUCUAUCAUAAUACUUUUUAAUUGCCUCAGAAUCUUUCAUCUUUUAAAGUUCAAAUUCUUUGAUUGAGUUGAGAAUGUGCAUUCCCUUAAUCCAUUCAUCUCUUGCAUAUUCUUCCUUCAAGAAAUUGUAGACUUUAAAUUGAUUUCUUUAUGACAAAAUGUUUUGGUGAGGCUGCAGUAUAUAAUAUAGCUCUAGCCUUAAAUUUUCAUCUUUACUUCUCCUUGUUAUUCUUUAGAUACGAAGAAGGUGAAGCCAAAGUGAAAACUGAAAAGGACAUGCGGUUUUGGAAAUUGGAAAAGUUACAACUUGAAAACCUACCAACCCUCACCACCUUCAACCCUGUGGAUUACAGCCGCGGAUUCCUUCUUUUGACGUCUUUAAAGAUGACAGCCUGUAAGUCCUUAGCUACAAAAUCCAAGAAGCCUGUGUCAGCCUCACUUAAUACUGCUUAUGCCGAAACAGACGGAGCUUUGCUGCCGGAACCAAAGAAAUCUGAGGUUAAAUUCAGAAGGUCUGUCGAAAUUGUAGAAAUACCAUCCCGUAAUCGAGAUAUAACUUGGUCAGCUGAGAUGAAAAUUAAUUGAAACAAGACAUCUCACAGCAGUCGGCCAACAG